ACUUGGGACGAGCCCAGCGGCAAGACGGGCAGCGGCAAGAAGUUCUUCCACAACAUCAUCGAUGGCUCGAAGGUGCCUACCGAACCCUUCUACGUGGCGAUCAUCACUCCGGUGAUCCACUACUGCAUGGGUGGGCUCGAGUGCACCGUGGACGCCGAGUGCAUUGACAAGAAGUCGGGCAAGGUCAUUCCUGGACUUUAUGUUGCUGGCGAGGCGGCUGGUGGCAUCCACGGCAACAACCGCCUGGGUGGCAACUCUUUGCUGGACUGCGUCGUGUUUGGCCGAGUUGCUGGCAAGGCCGCAUGCAAGUUCACCUUCGGUGCCGGCGAGAAGUUCAAGCCUUGCCCUCCGCCGGGCGAGCUGAAGGAUUUGUGCAAGUGA